AAAUAUAAAGAAUAAAUUUCAGAGCGUGAUCCAUACCUUUGAUCGAUUCAACUAAUGAAUCUUAAUUUGUUUCUCCCGCAAGAAACUUGUGUUAUUAUAUUGUUUCUCCUGCAAGGCGUAGUUCCUUUCGUCCAACAGUGUCAGCAAUACUUCAAAGGAAUUACGAAUUUCGACAGAAUGAAAUUGAUUACAUGAAAAAUACAUCUAAAGGCGAACAAAAAGUAUGUAAUACUGGUGACUGAACUUAAAAGACAUAUAUCUUGAUCAUAUAUAUAAUCCUCUUUAGUGUAAAGAAAGAGUAAGGAAGAAGAGAAAAUGAAUUCAUUUAUAAAUGAGCAAUGAGGAAGAAGAUAUUUUAUUACCAGUUAUAGCAGCACAUAACUUUUUCCAUGCUUAGAAAGAAUAAGAAGUUAUAUUUUUAUAAACUUUUUCCUAAUUACGUAAAAUUCUGCUGAAAGUUACAACUAUAAAAGACUGUUAUAGUCAAAAGGCACACCACAAAUUAAAUGCAAAUUUUGAUAACGAUAAUAUAAUAUGUCAUAUCCAAAGCAACCACGGACUAUGCCUAUCAAACCAAAAAUUGUACUUCCUUUACGGGGACAAUGUGGAGAAAUGCAGCAAACACCUGUUGGUUAUGUUUCGACUCCAUAUGGACAAUCUCCUAUCAUUAUGACCCCUGUUGUUGGUGAAGGAAGCGUAAUUUACAAUAAGGAGAACAACGGUUUUGUUUUUACACAAUUUCGUGGAAUAAAGGACUUUACAAAAACUGGAUUAAGCUUGGGAGAAAGAAGCGCAUUUUGGUUGUACGAAAAGGUUAGUUCCUGGAGUAAACGAUGGUUUACUCAUAUAUUUUUGUUCGUUAUUGUGCUUUUAUACAGUAUCGCUGGAGCGAUGAUAUUUGUCACUGUAGAAGGAACACAAGAAAGCAAGUUUCGCUCAGAUAUGAGAAAAUUCAGAAAUGAAACUUUAUCAGCCAUUAAAGACUUGAAUGAGGAUAAUUCUUCUCUUAAAGAUCCACAAAUAUGGAAAGGAAAAGCUAGCAACCUACUAAGUAAUUACGAAGAAAAGUUAUUUCAGUUCUAUAAAAGCGGUCUAAUGGAUAAAAAGGAAAAAGUAUGGACUUUCUGGAAUGCUGUCUUUUAUUGCGGUACCAUUUAUACAACAAUAGGAUAUGGCCAUAUUGCACCAACCACUACAACUGGUCGAGCUAUUACUAUAGUUUACGCAAUUUUUGGAAUUCCAAUGUUUCUAAUUAUACUAGCCGAUUUUGGAAAACUAUUUACUAGAUGUAUAAAAUUUCUUUGGGCCUUUAUAAGAAGAUUGUAUUAUACUGGAAGUUGUCGCAAAGUUAGGAAAACUGCACCUAUGCAAGAAGUUAUGAAAGGUGUACAGUUAGUUUAUGAUCUUGCCACAUUUAGAAGACCGUCAAACAUGAAUGCAGAAAUUGAUGCAACUCAAAUGCCAAGUCUAGAAGGAAAAUCUUUUCAAGGUUUUAAUGAAAAUUUAAGAUUACCAACGGAGUCUGUAUCUGUCCCUGAUACACCAGUGACACCAACAAUGUCUACAUUUGCUAUUGAUGACGAAUUCAAUUUGCCAAUAUCAGUUGCCAUUUCAAUAUUAUUAGGGUACAUUUUUAUUGGAGCAACUAUUUACCACUUUUGGGAAGAUAAUUGGAGUUUUUUUGAAAGUUUUUAUUUCGUCUUCAUUUCUAUGAGCACUAUUGGUUUUGGAGAUUACGUACCCACUCAUCCAAUAUAUAUGAUGUGUUCCAUCAUUUAUCUUGUCUUUGGUUUAGCUUUGACGUCUAUGUGCAUCAAUGUUGUGCAAGUAAUGUUAUCAGAUCAUUUUAAACAAGCUUCUCAGAAGCUUGGAGCUACAAUUGGUUUGGAAGUCUCUGGGGAUGGAGCACAAAUGCAACCAAUUUUAUUACAUCCAGUAGAUGCAAAAGAUAUAUGCACACAAGAAGCGGACUCACAUGAUAAUGACUCAAAUUUGAAAGUAGCAAAAAGUAGCUAGUAUUUACAGUGAGAUGGUUAUUUGUGACAGAUGGUUAUUUGCGAUUCCGAAAUUAUAUUGACUAAUUUAGCAACUUUUGUAGUUUGUUAAACUAUACAAAAAGUGUCAUACUAUUUUAGAAAUUAAUAUUACAUCAUCACAUUUUGGAUUCAUUAAAUAAAAUUUUUAAAUUUUAAAAAAAUUCUUCUACAAAUGAAAAUUAGAAAAUUUGUUUCCAACUACCCUAUCUGAGCAUGUAAGAAAUAUUUAUUUUUUUAAAC